UUCAAACAUAUUUAGAUACACAGGGUUGGACUUACGUUAAAGUGAAGCUCUUUGUUUGAUAGGCUACAUGCUUCUACACCGUUAUUGUUCAUAGAAAAAUAUAAGGACAGAUAUCGAACUCAAGCAAUAUUUUAAGAGUUAAGUGAAUUCUUUUUCAGGGCCUUACGAACAGUUUGAAGUGAUACAAGAGUUUCCAGCACAAUGGAUCAAAAUGCCCUCAUCAAAGCGAUGCAGCAGUUCAUCAGCGCUCAACAGGAGGAGGCAGAACGGCAGAGGAGAGAACAACAGGAAGUGGCAGGACAGUGGAGGAAAGAAAUUGAAGCAAUGACUGACCUAUUCAAAAUUGCCAUAUCUAAACUCAAUGAGCCAAGCUCUGGCCCUUUAGUUAAGAUGACCCUACAAGAUGACCCUGAAGCCUUUCUGAAAAUAUUUGAGCGUGUGGCACGGCACUAUUGCUGGCCCGAGGAGACUUGGUCCCUAAAGUUAGCUCCACUUCUGUGUGGCGAAGCUCAGUUGGUCUAUGCUAAUUUAGAUGAUAUAAGUGCAGAGUCCUAUACUAAAGUCAAAGAAGCCAUUCUGCAUUGUUUCAGAACAGCUUCUGACUUGUACAAACAGCAAUUCUAUUCACUGAAAUUUCAGCCUGAUGAGUCCCCUCGCAGUUUCGCUCAAAAGCUAAAGGAUCUAGCAGAUAAGUGGCUUAGGCCUAUGGAAACUGAAAAAAUGAAAUUAUUUGACAAAGUUGUGUUGGGACAGUUCUUGCUGGUUUUGCCAAAAGAAGUACAGGAACGGGUACAGGCACAGUACCCUAAAGAUCUGGAAUCUGCAAUUAAAUUUGCUGAAGAAUUGUUUGAUAUUUUAUCAAACCCUGAAGAAGGUCCUUCUCACCAAAGGUUUAGGUUAGCAAAUGAUCUCAUAAAUUGUCCAACCCCCUCAUGUAUGGCUGGCAAUGUGUUACCCACCAGGAAAAAAGCAGCUUGUGUGGAAAACAUCUCACCUAGACUCCAACAGGAUGUUGCUUCUUCACAUUAUGAUGACAAUUGUGUUUCCAUUUCUGAAAAAGUGGCUGAUGUCAAGACAUCUAAAGAGAAACUUAAUGAAGAUUAUUCACCUGCUGCUAAAAAACAGCGACGUACUUGUGAUAGUGAAGAACCACUGACAGAAAUUUAUAAAAUGGUAGAAGAAUCAAGAAAUGCUAUAUCAAGGAUAUACGAAAAAGUGAAAGAUUUGUCAUGCACGGGAACAAAAGAAGCUUCCUUUUUAGCAGAACUAAAAGAAAAGAUAGAAAAUUUAAAAGAAAGGAACAUUUCUGAAAAAAUAUUCAUUGGAAUAUAUGGCAGGAGUGGAAGUGGAAAGAGUUCACUGAUUAAUGCUCUUCUAAAUGAAAUAUGUUUGCUGCCCACAUCAUCAAGACAAGCUUGCACAUCUUGUAUUGUCCAAGUGCAGGCUCAUGGAAACUACUCCGAGUACAGAGCCGAGAUCGAAUUUAUCAGCAAGGAGGAAUGGGAAGAAGAGUUGAAAGAGCUUGUAGAGAACUGUAAAGAAGACAAUAACCAGGAUGACAGCGAGACAGAAGUGAAUGAGGACACUGAAUAUGAAAGUGCAAAAGCAAAAAUAACAGCUGUUUAUGGAAAGAAUGGACUAAAUAAAAGCUUUUCUGAAUUGACUAAAGAGAAAAUCAAUGAUAUUUUAAAUUCUACCAAAACAUUUACUUUAAAAACUGCUUCCCAAUUGUCAAAGAUGAUAUCUCCUUAUAUAAGGUGUGAUGCUGAUGAUGAGACCCUCUGUUCUUAUUGGCCUCUGGUGAAGGUUGUUAACAUUUUUGUUCCAAGAACCCCUCACCUACCAAGUCAGGUUGUACUGGUUGAUCUUCCAGGAACUGAAGAUCCAAACAAGGAAAAAAAUAAAAAGUGGAAAGAGUGUUUUAGCAAGUGUUCAUUUGUUUGGUUUGUUACGGAUAUACACCAAGCAGAACCUGACCAAAUCACAUCAAAAAUCCUAAAUACAGGACUGAGACGCAUUGUCAGUGGAGGAGAGUGCCGAAACAUAACCAUCAUCUGCACCAAAGCAGAUGAAACUGGCAUUGGAAGUGAUCAUAACAUACUUGGAAUUUCAGGACAAACUGACUCAUAUGAUGAGGACCAAAGAAGGAUACAGAGUAUACAUGUACAGGAAAGAAAUAGUGAAAUCAAAAGGAGAAUUUUUUAUGAAUGCAACAGAAAAUUAAAUGAGCAUGCUGUCCAUGAUCUCAUUGAAGUGUUUACAUUGAGUUCUACAGAGUAUUGGAAUAACAAACAAGGCAAAAAGAAAAUCCUAACAUAUGAAAAAACUGAGCUCCCAUUAUUGAGAGAGCAUUUGAAAAUGAUCCAUGACAAUCAGAACAAGAAAGUAGUAGAAAAUUAUGUUUCCGAGGUGUCUGGAGUUCUAUACUUUCUUAAUGUUCCUAAGGAAAAUGCAGAAGAUAAGGCUGAUGAGAAUGAAAUGCUUUAUUUUCAAUUGAGCAAAAGAUUUACAGCAGAGGCUAACAUUUUAGCAAAUUUCUUCGACAAUAUUUUUAAAAAACUGCAAACAGAAUUGAUGGAAGGUGUGGCAAAAGCUGAAACUAAAUACAUAAAUCUUCAUCGCUUGUUAAAUCCUGAAACAAUGAAAUUUAUUGACUACCAUCAGACAAUUCAGGCUUUAUGCAGGAACUCUGGAAUUUUUCGAUUUGCCAGUGGUUACUGCAUUGAUCUUAACAAAACACUGGCAUUAGAAAUCUAUGAGGCUGUGGAUAACACCCUACAAAACUUUUUCCGGUUUGAUAAAAAAACAAGAAGCAGCAUAAAUGCAGCCCUGAAUUUAUUCCAGCAAGACUUUCAACAACACUGUUACUGUGUAUUAAGAAAAAAUAAAGGAGCUCGAUCACAUCGUUGUGUAUUCAUUAACAUUGAGGUAUGA